ACCCUCCUGCUCGUCCUUCCUCCCAGCUCGACGGUCGACGGCACUCAGCAGAAAGCACCGGUCUGCUUUCUCUGUCUGUCUCGCAAGUGCCUCAGGAUUGCCUCGGUCGUCCUGGAGAUUUAUAACGCCUGUCUGAUGCUGUGAUUGGAUCACACUUGCCCUGGUUUUAUUCUCAGCCUCCUCCUCACACUCGUCCACCGGCUAUCCUUCGUUCACUCUUCCAGGUUCUCUUGCUCUUUUCUUCGUGCCUCUUGCUACGGCCUCCUCGCCGUGCUCUGUCUUGUGCUGCUAGACAGCGCGGUUCCCAACCCAUUCGCUCUCUUAGUCCACCUCUACCUACGCGCCGCGCUGCCUAAUGUCCCACCUCACCGCACCGAUGCCCUCUGGGCACCAUGCCUACAAGUCUCAUCUAUACGACCUCCCUAGACCCGUACACCCCCUCACCCCUCCGGACACGGACUUCGAGACUUUAUCUCAACAGGUUGCACCCGCGCAGAACAUGGCUGGACUGGAGACGGACCCAUUUCCGCCUCAGCAUCAACACCACCCCUCGAUGGCAGACUCCCCCUUUUCGGGCCUGCAUAGGAAACGCCCCUCGGUCUCGUACGUCAACUCGGGCAUCCGUGAUUCGAGGGAGCGGGUGGUCCAGAGAGGCAUCAAAUGGUUGGUGGUCGUGCUGCCGCCUGUCUCGUUCGCCAGGGAGCACGGACACCUGGGGCACACUCUGUCGUCGGGACCGACGCGGAGGCUUUCCAAUGGCCUCCUCAUGCCGCUGUUCCCGACGCUCAAUAGUCAGCUUGGCGCUAUCGCACGCGAGUUCAGCUUCCCAAGCAUCUCCGGCAUCUGUGUGUACUUACACACGACUCACGGCGGCCUUUCCCUCAGCCCUCGGCUCUCCGACGAGUCGUGGCCCAUCCUGUGGGGACAUCUGUUCGACGCCCGCUCGCCGUCGCUCCCUCCCCAGCAGCUGCCUAUCAGCGGUCAGAUAGAGUUCGACAUUGACUUGUCGAAAGCUCGCUGGUACGACGCCUGGCUGUCGUCUUCCCGCCGCGACUAUGUCGAUGUGCCUCAGUCAGUUACUCCGUCGCGCGCGCAGUCCAUUUCCCAUUGGCGCGGGGAUAGUCAGACAUCCAUCAACGAGCCGCUGGAGGAUCAAGCGGACGCCAUCUCUGUCGUGCAACCUGGCAGAACAUCCGCCCGCAACAUCAAGAAGUUGUCGCUCCUGGAUCGGUUUGACGGCGCGUCCGUCCGCUCGGUAUCGAAGCUAGUGCCGCGGGACGAGUCGCCCCCGAGCCAGACAGCUAGGCAGGCCAACGGCCCUCAAUCGCUUUCGCCCAUCGUCCAGGAGGAUGAGCCUGCAACCGCCAAGAAGGAAUUCGAUAGCCGUGUCCAAUCUUGGCGCAUGAGCGCGACCGCAGCAGCACGCAGUCCGCUUGCCGCUACCGGACAAACUAGCCUGGACCCUGCGAACAUGCCCAACACCAUGGGCGACCUGCCGACUGCCACUACGUCCGAGCUACAGUCCGAGCUUAACCUCGAUGAUUAUGCCUGGUCGGUUUCUUCUGCGGGUCCUCCCGACUACGAUAUGGAGUCCGUCGCGUCCUGGGAUCGCGUUCCCUCGGUGCACAUGGACAGGCGGUUCGAGGGUUCGGUCUGCCUUACGCCGUCGGUUUGCACGUCCUUCGGUCCCGACGACGACUACUUCCCGUUCUCGCCCGUCUCAUACAUGUCGCGUCUUCCUUCUCCGGAUAUCGCCUGGCGUAUGCUUGAGGAUGUACCGCCGACUCCGUCGACGGCAACUAGCUGGGGGGCACCGCUUUCUUUCCCACCCUCCCCCCUUAACUCGCCGUAUGCGCCGUCUGUCGACCUUGGAGGUCGGUGCAUGUCUAGCCGGCCCGCGACCCCCUCCACGGCAACCUCUUGGGGAGCCCCGCUGUCCUUCCCGCCGUCUCCCAGGAUGUUUUCCCGCGCCCCCUCCCCCGAUCUCGGCGAGCGUGGGAUGUCGAGUGUACCCGGCAGUCCUCUGUUCCGCCGUGAGCCCCUCCCAGUGGCUGAACCGUACAACCUCGUCUAUCCCUACUAUAACGCUACGAGGGCCUCUUCCUGGCAGCACGUCUGGCCGUACACUGAGGAGUCCCAUGUUGCUCAAGAGCAAGUGGUGGAGCGCCAGCAAGAAGUACGGAUGAAUGCUUUCGUCUUCCCUCCUCCCCCUCCUUCGCGUUCAGCGGCCGGGCCAUGGAAACAAGUCUGGCCAUACGCGGCCUCGUCAGAUGAUCAGGUCGCUGAACCUGCUACUACGGCUCUUGGCUACCCGGUAUUGGACAUCUAUCCCGCGGUCUACCCUUCAUUCGACAUCUACCCCGGACUGCUCUCCCUCGAUGACCGUGUGCUCGGUCACCCGGCGAUCAACACAGGCGCGGCAUACCCUAUCUUCGAUCUUUACCCGGCUACGUACCCGUCCUUCAACAUAUAUCCCGGACUUCUCUCCCUAGAUGAGCGAAAGCUCGGUCACCCAGCGGUCAGGUCUAGCGCGGCAUACCCUAUCUUCGAUCUCUACCCGGCUGUGUACCCGUCCUUCGAUAUAUAUCCCUCCGCACUUACCGUUCCAGGUUCCGAGGAAAUGCACGUUUCAACUUACACGUCCGGCUACCCCCAUCUCGUUAUCUACCCUCCGCUAUCUCUAGGCUCUGCUGGAACCACAACAUCGAAUGCUACGAUCUCUGUGCGUCUUGAGGCGGAAUAUCCAGUCUUCAACAUUUACCCUGCUGUCUAUCCCCACUGCUUCGACGAAAUCUACCCUGCAGCCACCCUGUCAUCUUUGGUGCACGAUGUGAUACAUGAUGGCUACCCUCACAGCGUGUACAACAUCUACCCUGCGCUCGGUUCCAUCUCACAGCCGUGGCUCUCUGCUGUGAUCGUCGGUGUACAUUCGCAAUACCCCGUCCUCGAGAUCUACCCGCCGGUUGCUGGAGUUUCGUCGAGUCGCACAGUGUCGGGCAUUGCGGUGAACCUGCCCAGGACGUAUCCCGCCUUUGACAUUUACCCAGCUGUAUACCCUUGGAGCCUGCUCACUGUCUACCCGGAAGUUCCCACACAGGAACGCACCAAGGAUGGCAUCGUAGUCAAGCUGGCAUCUGCUUACCCGGUCAUCGACAUCUACCCUGCAGUGUACCCUCAUAGUCUGCAGUCAGUCUACCCGGCGUCGCAGUCGUCAAACGUUGCACAGCCCCGCGUUGCACCUGCCAGCGCGAUCAGGCCGCCACUAUCUCUACGGCCGUCCGUGAGGUCAACUCACUCUCGGAAAACUUCGUUGAAGCGUGGUCUUCCUCCCGUACCGCCUUUGCCGAAGAACGCUCGGGAGCUGACUCCUUUCUCGCCCGUGUCUCGCCGGCCUCUUCCCCUUGCACGCGUGGAGUCUUCUGUCCCUGUGCACCUCAGCGGGGUCUACCCGAACGUCUGCCCCUAUCCGCCGGUGUAUCCGUAUCUCUCGAUCUACCCUUCGGUGACCUCGGCCACGUUCCCGGUCUUGGAUGUGCAGCCGAUUGCUACGGGCUCGGUGUUCCAUUACCCUCAUCUGGUUAUCUACGCUUCGGUCUAUCCCUACAUCGAGAUCUAUCCCGGAUCCUGGGACCAUGAAGUAGCCUCAAUUCGUCGUAGGCGGCCGAGAUACACGCACAUGGAACUCCGUUCGCAGGUCCACGCCACGGUGCCUGCAACUGUGGCACCCGUGGCAGCACCCCUUCCCGCGCGCAAGAGGCCGACGUUCACGCACAUGCAGCUCCGCGAAGAGGUCAUCGCUACGGAGCGCGUAUCGAGGGAACGGCAGCUGCCCAGGGUGAUCGUCGCUGAGCCGAGCCCAGCUACCCCUGAUCUUUUCUCACCCCCCGAGCCGGAUUUUGAGAUCGUCACGCCCAUCGUGCGUUCAGCGGGAGCGAGGAUGACCAGGGCACCUUUCUCGCCUCCGGAGCCUGAGUUUGAGCUCAUUGGCGCCCCUGCGCCAGUCUCCGCUACUCACCGCACGUCCCCUGUCCCCGCGGGCUCGAACCGCAGCCGCUCUGGCACUGUGAACGCGCGGCCGCCCAGUGUACUUCCCCCACCACGCCCGCUGGGUGCGCGACCGUCGGCGCCCCCGACGCAGUCCAUCCCGUCCCCUGUCGGCCCUUCAGAUCUCUCCCCCGCCCCGUCGCCUUCACGGUCACUAAAUCGCCUCUCUGGCUUGCCCGCGCAUCCGGCAGCCAACCGACGAGUCUCUGCUGCUGCCCCCCGGCCGAUGUCAACGUUCGGGCCGCUCCCUGCGGUACCCCAGUCCGGCCCAGGGUCUUCUCCUGUUGCCCGCCGGCAGCAGUCCAUGAUGAGCCCGCUCGACGAGGAGAGGCCUUCGCCCAUCGGCAGCCGCUCGCCGCAACUGCCUUCGCCUGCAGAGGACUGGCAAAGGAGCUACCGGACCCCCAGCGACACCUCGCCUACUUCGCGCCUUCCGGGCAUGACGGGCGGCCUCAGCCGCUCGAACACCAUGCCCUCUCGCGCCGCUCCCCGUGGGCCGAGGAGCAGCACACUGAUCUCGGAGAGGGCGAAGCUGUUCAACCCGGCCAACGGUAAUGCCGCCGGUGCUAGCGCAGCCGAAGGUGGUUCGCCGACGAAGCUGAUGUCUACUCUUGCGGAGUUCCCCGUCCCGCCGCGUCCGCCGAUGCCCUCGAACCCGGCGCGGGCGUCGAUUUCGAAACUGGAUCGGUCAAAAUAUCCUUUCGCGUAAACGAUGAGGGAUGUUAUGGAUGUUGUGGAUAUCGUGACUACUGUACCGGUACCGGUGUCUGUCGUUCUAUCAGAGUACUUAUGCCUAUAAUUAUCAUGCCAAAC